AUGGCAGACAAGCGGAAGAAGCUCUUCUACCCCGCGGGACCGCUCACAGCGCGGCACACCAAGAAACAGGAGUGGCUGGUUCCGGAGAGCGAGUCGGUUUGGUCGAAGAGCGGCCCCCCAACAAGCGAAGCCCGGAAGCUGAAGAGUGAUGUCGCGUUGCCUUUGGUGAAUCUGAAUGAUCCAGCGCGCAAAGCAGCGAAGGCAUGCGUGGAGAUGCGGCGAGACCUGAACACGUUGGUUCGGCAGAGAGGUGGCCGCACCCCUGCUGGUCUCAUCCUGCAGCCGGACUUCGAAAAAGACCCUCAGGUUGAGCAGAAGCCGCCGGACGAGUACCUCGUAGCUCGCUAUGAGAAGGAGGGUUCAGUCCAGUCGGUCGCAGUUUUCCACGAUCGCGACCCUGCCCGCUCUGAGCAUGAAUCCAAAGCGAAGGUCUGCACCCUGCCGCAGUACGUGGACGAGUACGGUGGCCGCUUUGCAGGAAUUUGGGAUUGGGAAGAGUCAAGACCGUGGGUUCAAGCGGACUUGUCGGAGCUGCACAGUUUUUUUUGUUCUUGCACUCCAGAAGCUUGUGCAUACUGCAAGAACCGUAUUGCUUGA